AUGCCUUUGACAGAUGGAGAUUCGUCCGGGUCCAAUCAGUCUGAGAAUAUUCAACGGUCUAGGUUGCGAGAAUGGGCACUUCAAUACGGGUCAAUUUUCUCCUUGAAAGUUGGACCAUCCUCGAUCAUCGUCCUGUGUGACCGUGAGGCUAUCCAUAAGCUUCUCGUAGAGAAAGGCAGCAUUUACUCCGAUCGACCUCCUAGUUAUGUGGGGAGAUUACUCACACACGGUGACCACCUCGCUCUCGAGCAGAUGGACACCACGUGGCGGUCUAAACGCAAGGUGAUUUCGCACAACUUCUCUCCAAAGAGGCUUGACGAGCAACACUUUCGAGUUCAAGAGGCAGAGGCCACGGUUUUAAUGACUCGCCUUUUAGACAAACCUGAGGGGUUCUUCAACGAGAUCCGUAGGUACACUGCUUCAGUGGUAACAUCCAUCACAUACGGCUUUAGAGCACCCGAUAUGAAUUCUUUUUGGGGACAUGGAGUCUACGAUGUAAUGGAAAAGUGGACAGCAUCGAUGGAGCCUGGAGCCGCCCCUCCGGUAGACGUCUUCACCUUCCUGCGAUACAUCCCCUCCUCAAUGGCCUUCUGGAAACGCCGCGCACUCGACGCCGGUAAGACAAUGGACGCGACCUGGUCCAAAGCACGUCGACUCGUCGAAGAGCGUCGCACGCGCGGAGAGAGACGAAACUGCAUCAUCGACGGCCUGCUUGACGAGUACGAAGAGAGGGGUUGGCCCGAACAGAUCAGCCAGCACGCCUUCACCAAUCUCAUGGGGGAAAUCAUCGAGGGUGGUGCCGACACCACUGCCGCGCAACUUUUGACUCUGGUCCUCGCUUUUGCGCUGCACCCUGAUGUCCAGAGGAAAGCACAGGUUGAGAUUGAUGAGGCUUGUGGGAGUGGUCGGUCUCCUCGCUGGGAUGACUUUUCGGAGCUACCUUAUGUGAACUGCAUCGUUAAGGAGGGUAUGCGCUGGCGUCCGGUUGCUGUCACUGCCCUUCCGCACAAAGUUCGCCAAGAUGAUGAAUACAAUGGCAUGUUGAUCCCAAAAGACUCAACAAUCUUCAUACCCACCUGGGCCCUCCAUCACACCGAAGAAAACUACCCCGACGCAGAGCGAUUCGAUCCGGACAGGUACCUCAAGCACCCCAAGCUAGCCAACGACUACGCAGGCAGCCCGGAGUGGGAGAACAGAGACCACUACAACUACGGCGCCGGCCGCCGCAUCUGUCCCGGCAUCCACCUCGCGGAGCGCAACAUGUGGCGUAUCGCCUCCAAGCUUCUUUGGGCCUUCGAGUUUGCUGAGCCAGUGGACCCUGUCACAGGCAAGGUUGUGCUUUUGGAUCCGCAUGCGUAUAAUCCUGGGAUUUUGCAGGCGCCUUUGGAGUUUCAUGUUCGGAUUACACCGAGGAGUCAGUCUCAUAUUGAGACGAUCCGACGGGAGUUCAAGGAGGCUGAGGCGUUAUUGGCUCAGUAUGACUGA